AUGUUGUCGCCGGAAGUCUCAACAAAUAAACGGCUCUUGCAGUGUGCCAGUGCCGUAUUCUGGUGUCUCUUGUCGGGAGGUCCCAUUUUUGGUUUUGCCGCUUUGAAGCCUGUGCUUAUCAAGGAAAAGGUCUAUGAAUUCGUUUGUGAUAUCUCCAUCAAUGGUACCGUGUCUGCUGCUGAUACUUGGGGUAGAUUCGUGAUGGAUCCAUCGAAGUUCUCUGGUGUGACUGCGACCGCGUUGGGAAGCUUGGUCGAUAUUUCCAAAGCGAGCCUGGCUAAAUGUACCGACCAGGACUUGAAAUUGAAUAUGAUGUUCACUGUAGGCGCCAUGGUCACCAAUGUCUCUGCAUUGGCCAUCGGCAGUUGCUUGGACAAUUACGGUCCAAAGGUUUGUGGUCUCAUCGGAGCAUUUUUUCUCUACCUCGCGUGUUUCGUUUUCAUUUACGGCAAAGAAAUCACAGCUCAGUUCCCUAUUUUGGACCCCUACCUAAUUGGGUACGCCUCUAUGGCUCUUGGUGGACCAUUUGCCUACAUGUCAUCUUUCCAAUUGUCCAAUGCAUUCCCAGAAAAGAGUGGUACUAUACUUGCAAUUAUUACAGGUGCAUUUGAUGCUUCCUCUGCCGUGUUUUUGGUGUACCGCGUCUUUUACAAGGCUUCGAAUGAUAGCUUCACUCUCGACAAAUUCUUCAAAUUGUACUUGGCUGUGCCAGUAUUUAUUACUGUCGCUCAAAUCUUCUGGAUGCCAUCAGAUUCAUACAAGACUGGUCCAGAAACGACUUUGUGCUCUGAUGACGCUGCAGAAUUGACCCAUAGCUCCGCUACUGAAAAUGACGCAUUAUUGGCUCGCGAAGAGGACAUCAAUCAUGCCCCUGCACGCCGCGACUCGAUCGGCGAUGCUUUGAAGCAGCCUUACGCUUCAGAAGGAGAAGAGUUUUUGGUCCAACACUCAGGGGGUAUCUUUGGUAUCUUGCAUGGAUACUCUGCUCAUUACCAAAUUUUGACCCCAUGGUUCUUUUUGAUGUGUUUCUUUAGCACAAUCCAAAUGCUUAGGUUGAACUACUUUGUGGCCACCAUCGGAACUCAAUACUCAUACAUGUUGAACUCGCUUUCGCAAAGUCUUGUUUUGAACCGGAUUUUCGACAUUUUCUUGCCUCUUGGUGGCAUUGUUGCUAUCCCAUUCAUCGGUUUGUUUUUGGAUUACUGCUCUACCGUCGCGGUGUUGACCGUUUUGUUGGGUGUUUCUCUUCUGAUUGGUGUUCUUGGACUCAUUCCUAAUUUCUACACUGGAAUCAUGAACAUUUCGUUGUUCGUAGUGUAUCGCCCAUUUUUCUAUACCGCCAUUUCUGAUUUCUGUGCCAAGGUGUUCGGUUUCGAUACGUUUGGUACUGUUUAUGGCUCCAUCAUCUGCAUCUCGGGUGUCGUCAACUACUUCCAAUCCACUUUGGACAAGCUCACGCAUACCACUUUCAAGAUGAACCCGCUUCCAAUCAAUGCAAUGUUGGUUUCUGUCACCGCAGUAAUUGGUGUUAUGACAGUUGGCUUUGUAAAGAAGCAAGCUGAGGUAUACAAGACCAGAGUCCAUGCUCACCACGGCGCUUAG